AUGAGACUGCUUUCCAGAGCUAUACCAAGACCCCGUCUGCCACAGCGGUGCUGCACGUCGCUGGGGAGACGUCACCUGACCAACAAUGGCUUCUUCCGUGUCUCCGAGGAGGUGCGAGAGGCACUGCACUCGAAAAAGCCAGUCGUGGCGCUGGAGUCGACAAUCUACACCCAUGGCUUCCCAUACCCCGAGAACGUAGCCCUCGCGUCUCUCCUUGAGAGUGUGGUCCGAGUCAAUGGCGGCGUGCCUGCAACGAUAGGCAUUCUGGAUGGAGUCGCGCGUGUUGGCCUGGAUCCCGAAGAGUUGAUCAAGCUCACCGAGUCUGCCGGCCAGCCGACCACCUUGAAGCUGUCCAGACGAGAUCUCAGCUACGUCUGCGGUCUGCGAUUGACGGGCAAGAAACUCAACGGUGGUACGACCAUCGCAAGCACCAUGCUUCUCGCCGAGCUGGCGGGCAUCAAGAUCUUUGGGACAGGAGGCCUCGGUGGAGUUCACCGAGGCGCCGAGUCGAGCAUGGACAUUUCUGCUGACCUGACUGAGCUUGGCAGGACACCCGUCUCUGUCGUCUCCAGUGGCUGCAAAAGCUUCCUAGACAUUCCUCGCACGCUCGAGUACCUGGAGACCGAAGGUGUGGGUGUCGGCACUUUUGCAGAUGGCCGUGAAGGCAAGGUAGACUUCCCAGCAUUCUGGUCGAGGGACAGUGGCGUCAAGAGUCCAACAACUAUCAAGGACGAAAUUGAGGCCGCUGCCAUCAUACACGCACAACACGAGAUGCAGAUCAGGUCUGGUCUACUCUUUGCCAACCCUGUUCCACUCGAGGCUGCGAUUCCAAAGCCAGAGAUGGAUCUUGUCAUUGAAGAAGCCCUGAGGCAAGCGGAUGCUCAAGGCGUAUCCGGGAAGGAUAAUACGCCUUUUGUUUUGGCAAAGGUAAAGGAGCUCACCCAGGGCAGAUCUAUCCCGGCAAAUAGAGCCUUGAUCGAAUCCAACGUGAGGCGAGCAGCCAUCAUUGCGCGCGAGCUGUCCGUUUUGGAGAAGAAGCAAGCAGAAGCCCAAGGAACUAGCUCGUCCUUCUUCACUCCAGUGCAAGUUUCCCCUGUUGUGAACGAGCUGCCCACAAGUGCAUCACCAUCGAUCUCUAAAGCAACUGCGACACACAUCGCUACAUUAACUCGUAUACCCGAAAGUACCGCACCUGUCGAUAUUGUCGUUGCGGGUGCCCUCGCUCUCGACUUCUCAUGUGACUACGCUCCAUUUGCGAAUUCGUCAAGUCAGGUCGACCCGCUGCCUCAUACUUCCAACCCCGCAGUGAUAAGUCAGAGUCUCGGAGGCGUAGCUCACAACAUUGCUAAAGCGGCCCAUCUCCUCGGUUCUUCUGUGCGUUUGUACAGCGCUGUCGGCAACGACAUGAGUGGUCGUGCUGCGACGAGCCAACUGGAAGGUCAAGGCAUGUCCACCAUCGGAAUCGAGACACUACCCGCGCCAGCAAGAACGGCCCAAUACAUCGCAGUCAACAACACCAACAAAGACCUUGCGCUCGCUAUGGCCGACAUGUCUAUUCUCGAGACCAUACCUCAAAGCCUGACGUCUUCCCUAUCCUCCUCCCUCUUUGCCGACCCCACAGCGAAGCCAAAAGUUUUUGUAGCAGACGCGAACUGGUCGUCGCCUUCGCUCCGAACGUGGCUCUCAACUGCGCACGGGGCAUCAACAACGACUAUUUUCGAGCCAGUAUCCACAGCAAAAGCGCUCCGCGUCUUUCCAGCCGACACACAGUGCAUGCCAAUCUACCCUAAUCCGCUCGCCGACAUCAUCACCCCUAACAACCACGAACUUGUUGCGCUCCACUCCUACGCCCACGCCAAGGGUUUCUUCGACACGCCGUCUUGGUUUUCCAUCAUCGACGCGCUAGGCAUUCCUUCAAUAGGUCUGCGUGUGCCGUUGACGACACUAACAAGCAGUGAAGUCGUUGAUGCAGGACUCCCCCAGCAGGCGAUCAAGUUGCUCCCCUUCUUUCCUACCGUCUUGACAAAGUUAGGGCCACAAGGUGUCUUGAUGACGAAGUUGUUGGCGAAUGAUGCGCCGGAGUUGCGCAACGACGAUGAGAGGCAGUAUGUUGUUGCGCGCAACCGAAACGGUGACCGAGCACGAGACGUGGGCGGUUUAUACGUGCGCCUGUUUGCAGUGGACAAGGUGUUGCCGCCCGAGGACAUCAUUAGCGUGAACGGUAUUGGAGACACGUUUUGCGGGGCGCUAGCGGUGGGGCUGGCGCGGGGCCGGCGAACGCAGGAGGUUGUUGGAUUUGCGCAAAUGGCUGCGAGCUUGAGUUUGAGGUCGAAGGAGAGUGUUAGUCCCCGGCUAGAAGAGCUGAAGGACGCGGUGGGGAGAUUGUAG